AUGGUGGAUUUACGGGGCAACAAUGCUGACCUCACACCACGGCUCACAGUCCGAGAUUUCUUGGAUGGUGGAUUUACGGUUCAACAGUUGCGGCAGGCAGGAUUCACAUGCCAGGCUUUGCGCGACGGUGGGCUGAUGGCCCGGCAGCUCACAGAUGCUGACCUCACACCACGGUUCACAGUCCGAGAUUUCUUGGCUGGUGGGUUUACGGUUCAACAGUUGCGGCAGGCAGGAUUCACAUGCCGGGCUUUGCGCGACGGUGGGCUGACGGCCCGGCAGCUACAGGACCUAAGGACAGCAGGGUUUACACCCCGCGAGUUCUUGGAUGGUGGAUUUACGGUUCAACAUUGCGGCAGGCAGGAUUCACAUGCCAGGCUUUGCGCGACGGUGGGCUGA